AUGGCAAAGCUGCCAGGCGCCCUUGGGUCGUCUCCGUUGAACUAUGAGGGAAACCAAGGUGAAAUACCUAGGAUUCACUACAGAAUUUGCUCGACUCCAAACCCAUCUUCGGGAGCUACAAAGCGUAUUCAGCGUCGACAGGAGAAACAAAAACGCCGCGAUCACGAGGACUGGUUCGCCAAGCAGAAGCGAGAACUUGUACAUGGUGAACGUAUUGAGGAGGCCUCCCAAAUUCUCGUGGACCCAAAACAACAUGCAGCACGAUAUCAACUUCCAGAGUCUACGGAGGCACCUUCCAGAUCGCAGUCGAAGAACAUGAUGACAAGACCCAUAACUACAACAAUCGAAGACUCGCGCGCUGGUCCCCAGAAGCAAGAUUUUCGUGACGUCGACUGCUUGCGCUCGCUUUCACCUGCAUCAUCCCGACCGUCUUGUACACGUCCGCUCGAACAUUCCACCAGCAAGUGA